CCGAGCAGGAAGCCUGCUGCUGUGCUGACUGAGAACUGUUGCACACAAAGCACAUGAAGUUUGGAUUCCCCAGGCCAAGGGUCCGCGUGGUGGGCACUGCACUCCCCCGACUGGCCGGGGGAGAAAAGAACGUCUCAGUCAGCAGGCCAGGGCCACUGGAGCGAUGAAAAGAUAAUUCUCUCCCCCACCACCACCGGACCUCAUGCGGCGUCAAAUCAUUUGUGAGCAGUGACACGGCCAGAUUGGGCCGAAAGGAUAUGAGUGGGAAACUUCAAAACCUGCUCAUGUUUCUGGGGCCGUGAAAGGAUUUGUAUAACACAUUCAAAUUUGAUGGACUUUCCCAUGUUCAGUCCGGACAGCCCUUUUUUUUGUUGACAUGUUCAAAUAAUGAAUCUCUUAUGUGUAGGAUCCCUUUUUCCCUCCUGCUUCCGAGUCCCGUUUCUAGUUUUGGAGUAGGGAUGCUGUACGGACCAUUCCAUCGUCUGUCCCAAGCUUAUGGAGAACCGCUGACUCGCUGGCUUUCAGGAACCAGGGUGCUGAAAUGGAACAUGUAUUUUUGAUUCUUUCACUGUUUAGUAAGGCCUUGUCAGUCGGAGCUCAGUUCAAUGGAUACAACUGCGACGGCAACUUUCACAGCCGCUUCCCCGCCGAGAGGGACAUCAGCGUGUACUGCGGCGUGCAGACGAUCACCCUCAAGAUCAACUUCUGCCCGGUCCUCUUCUCCGGCUACACCGACACCGACCUGGCCCUCAACGGUCGCCACGGGGACGCCCACUGCCGAGGGUUCAUCAACAACAACACCUUUCCCACCGUCGUGAUCUUCAGCAUCAGCCUGGCCACGCUGGAGUCCUGUGGCAACUCCCUGAUGGUGUCCACUGCUCAAGGACCCAACGCUUACGGGAACCUGUCCCUGGUGCAGAUUGGAAAUAUAUCAGGGUACAUCGACACACCAGACCCUCCGACCAUCAUCAGCUACCUGCCAGGUCUGCUCUACAAGUUCAGCUGCAGUUACCCACUGGAGUACCUUGUCAACAAUACACAGCUGGCCUCGUCAGCAGCUGCAAUCUCAGUGAAGGAAAGCAACGGUACAUUCAUCAGCACGUUGAACCUGCUGCUUUACAAUGACUCAUCAUACGUUCAGCAACUGUCCAUCCCGAUGGCGGGACUGACCCUGAAGACGCGGGUGUUCGCAGCUGUGAAAGCCAGUAACCUGGACAGGAGAUGGAACGUUUUAAUGGACUACUGUUACACCACGCCGUCUGGAAACCCCAACGAUGACCUCCGCUAUGACCUCUUCUUUAGCUGUGAAAAAGACCCUCAGACCACCGUCUUUGAGAAUGGGAAAAGCCAAAUGGGCCGCUUUGCCUUCGAAGUAUUCCGUUUCGUGAAGCACAAGAACCAGAAGAUGUCCACCGUCUUCCUGCACUGCGUCACCAAGCUGUGCCGAGCAGACGACUGCCCCAUGCUCGUGCCGAUUUGUGGCAGCAGGAAAAAGAGAGACGUCCUAGAAGGAAAGGAAUCGAACGCUGCGUCUGGAAAUGCCGUCCUGACCGCCGGGCCUAUCAUCACUCGGAGUGAUGAAACUCCAACUAACAACUCUCAGCUGGCCUCUCUGAAAGCUCCGGUGUUUCAGAUGAACACGGUGACAAGUGCACUCAUCUCAGGCAUGAUCAUCCUCGGCGUCAUGAGCGUUUGCUUCUUCAUCUUCGCCCUCACCCUCCUCAAAGGCAAGAGCGCUCCUGUCAGCACCCUGCCUGGCGUCCGCAACCCAGUCUUCAACUGAGCGCCCCGAACCCAACUCACUGAAGAUACCUCCCCACUGCUCACAGUGCUAAAGCGAGGGGCAAAUAACAGAUGUAAUAUGAUGUUUGUGCAUGUAGUCAUUUUACGAGAGAGUACAAGCGGUAAUUUAGAAACUGUUACCAGGUCUGUACAGUGUGCAUUAGUGUAGAAGUAAAGCAGAACUUGUCCUUUGUUUUUCAACCAAUGCGGCAGGCCAGGCCUCGUGACCUGCAUCUUAUUAUUUGUCGUGCAGCCUUAACCCACAUAGCUGGGACCCUCAUAAUUUAAUUCUAUACCUCAGCUAUACAGCUUUCAUUGCAGGGUGAAGAAUCAAUUGUAAGGCGUAAAGUGCAUUGUAAUAGUGUAUAAUCUUUUGUAAAACUCACACUUUCUGGUUAGAGGCUGAAAUAUGAGAACGCUACAUUAAAAAUCUAAUUUGAGAGAAUGAGGAAAACACUACUGUAUAAAAUAAAGACUGAUUAAGUACAACCCA